UGAUAUGUUUUGCUACAACUCGGAUAUCUUUGUGCUGCUCUUUACGGCCGGCGUCCUCCUCGACAUUAGCGCGGCCGUCAUGUACUCGCGCGAAGUGCAAGUGUACUUGGCCGUGUGUUCGAAUGGCGCCUUGUCGCUGCAGCUGUUUGCGCUGAGUACGCGCCUUCUCUGGGUCAACUGCGCGUGUUUGAAGCUGCUCAAGUACGCGUGGCGCGCCGUGAGCACAGCGACGUACUCUGGCGAUAGCAAGCUUAUGGGCUACCUCAACUUGACGAGCGUCACGUCGCUCUAUCUGAGCGCGAUUUUGCUCUUUUACAUCCCGCCGUUCAUCGAGUACAACAACCGCGUGCGGCAGGACGUCAAGAACGCGAUUGAAAAACUGGAUGGGACCCCAGUCAACUAUUACGAGAGCUUUUACGUGCGCAGCAGCGGCGCGAUUGUCGGCGGCUUGCUCCUCAACGUGCUGCUUGUCGUUGGCCUCGACCAGCUCGUGAACCGGUCGUUCUGGAAACUACUGGCAACCAACUCGCUCGCGCGCCAAGCCAUGUACAACUCGUCGUCGAUCCUCAUGGACUACAUCACCGAGAUUGAUCCGAAGAUGCUGGAGCAGCACGCGUCGAGCAUCGAGUGCAAGGUGCGCCGCCUCUGCACGCUCCAGUGGUUCUUUAUGUCACAUUUGACAACGUUUGGGCUGCCCGAGAAGGAGCUCCGCGUCAACAAGAAGCAGGUGCACACCAAAAGCCACAUCGUUAGCGUCUCGGGGUGUGCCAGUGUCGGCGAGGACGGCGGCGGCGAUGGCGCAUAUGUGGUUGCGCAGGACAGCGGCCGCCGCGUGCACCUCCUCGACGACCAAUUCGCCGACGUCAAGAGCCUCGUCCUCAACAUCAAGAUUCUCAAAAACACGGCCGUGACGAUUCGGUGA